GUCUGACUCUUGUCCUCAUGCACCGGCCGCAGGUCGACUUGCCGCAGUCACGUCCGAGACGUAGUGAGCAAGACGAUACCGAUGCAUCCAUGGGCCGGUUUGGUUGAGGCUCAAUUCGGCUCGGGACUUGUAGGAGAAUUCCGCAAUCCUGCAUUUCGAUUAUCAUCAAUGGCUUUGUCCAACCACUUGACACUCCCUCUACAUAUGAAGCUAAUUUCUCAUCGUCACUAACACACAAGCGCGAUGCACUUCGAGCACAUUCCUCUAAACGUGCAAAACAUCCAUUGUGUGCCCAGACCCGGGUGACUCCAACCCCAUCCUCACUCAACUCACUCCUAAGGUAUGCUUCGUGGGCCACUGACUGGGCUCUAGGCUCUAGCACCCGAAAGGUGUCAUGCCCUUGCUCCUAUACAUCAAUUAUGCGUGACAUCAUCGCCCGUCCGCAUACAAUUAGAGGAUGCCUCCCUGGACUGGUGUCUCCAAAGGGGAAGGGAAUGACACCCAACCCGCAUUCCAUUUUUCCGUGACGAGAUCCCGAGGAAGAAAAGGGUGUCUACCCCGCCCGUUUCUGUCCAGUCUCGAGAAUAGACCAAGGACCUCCAGCUUCUGAUGGGAGCCAGUGGCUGCGCCUUUUCAGGAGAACCGGCACAGCGUUUUUGUUUCUUUACCCAUGUACCCCAAACCGUCCGUGGGAGACCGGAUUGCCCCAGUGCAACAAACAGACACUUUUCGUUUCGGUGACCUCACGCUGCGUCUGUGUCUGCGGCCUUGUCGUCCCACGAUUCCUUUAAACAGUAUCCAACCAGCACGAGGCACACCCACUCAAACCGAAGCUGACUCGACUUGAUCCAAAGAGAGGCAACCCCCUCGCCUCUCACCCUUUUGACAACUUUCCGUUCGGUGUCGACGGAGAGGAGCAAGCCUCGAAGAUAGCCCCAACCCUGCGGCUUUCCAUCUGCGGCCGACGCCCUCUGCCGUGUACGGCUCUGUUUAGCUGAACAAGGCAAAAACAACGCAUCGUUACAUUUUGAAUAAAAAGUCUUGGUUGGCUCUCCGUACUUUCCGUCAGAGUCGUCCACCUUUGCGGAAGCACCGCAUUCUAUGUCACCUGCUCAGACCCCCUCGAACCAAGCAAGUAAUUCAAACGAGCAGCAGGAACCCCCUCCUUCUUUCACACAUUACCAUUCCACCGCAUCGACGCCUUUUACCUUCUUUUUUUAAUACCUCAUCGAGACCCGCGGACGCUCAUACAACAUCGCUCGUCCUAGCCAUGUCCAGAAACUACGAGCGAGAAGUCCGUGAGGACUUUGUCCGCAACCCAAGCCACUACCAUCGCGGCGACCCGCUUCCGGUUUCAAGGGAGCAUUCCCCCGAAUACUACUCCGGCGGUGGUGGGCCCAUACAGACGGUCUAUCCGGACACUCGAGGACCCGUUCUGAUCGCCGACGGUCCCUACCUCUCGGGCGCCAUCCCCGUCGAUACACCUCCUCCCAUCCAUCCCUACUACGGUCCUGAAUCGCCGCUGUCGCCCCGCGAUACAAAUGCCCUCCAAAUCCCACCCCAGCCCCGUUACCGCCCGCGCUCACUGCCUCCCCAGGCCCUCGCGGUGGGCCGACCGCGCUCCCGUUCCCGUCCUCGGAGCCCCAUCGGCAAAGCCCGCCAUGCCAUCGACCACACCUUUACUCAGUCUUCCUCGGGCAUCGGUGUGGGUCUCCUGGGCGCCGUCGUCGGCGGCCUGGCCGCGCGCGAGGUCUCCGACGCCACUGUCCGAAACCGCAAUCACAAAGAGAUGGAGAACGGCACGUAUCGCCCGCGUUCACCACGCGAGACGGAGAAGGCUCGCGUCAUCUCCACCGUGGUCGGCGCUCUUGUCGGCGGUCUCGGCGCCAACGCGCUAGAGAGACGCUUUGAGGUCGCUCGCCACCGGGACAGAGAGCAGCAGGAAGCCUGGGAGAGAAAAUGGGGCAGGGAGCGCGACCUCCCGCACUACGAUACGGGCAGAGAUCACGAGAUGGACCACGGCAGGGGGCGGCCCCGCGAUCGACGCCGUGAUGAGUGGCAUGAUGGUUAUCCUCGGGACUACCCGUACGACGACCGAAGGACGGGGAGGUUGAGGAGCGAAGAGCGAUUUGCAUACAAGAACUGACAUAUUCCGGGGUUAUAUUUUUGUUAGUCUUCUUCUUUUU